UCGAAUAGUUUUCCACUAUUAAAAAAAGUUGUUUGAAGACAUGGUGGAGUUAAUGAAGCAACUGCUCACAUUAUUUCUGCUGAGACAUCCACUAACUGAUUUAUCUCAUCUUGAUUGUGGAAGCCUAUGCCCUUAUGCAUUCUCAGAGACACAUGACCUGCAGGAGAAGCACAGGAUUUUCUAGCUCUCUUUGCAGAAGAAUGAAGCCUCUGCUUGGAAACUUGUACCUCCUGAGGUUGCUGGUUCCUGGGGAGCUGGAAUAUGAUAGCCAAUGUCGGGAGAAGGAGAAGUUGAGCUACAAACACAACAAAGAAGCUGUGGAUAAGGUAGUGAGCCCAUGGAGGAUUCUGGAGACAUAUUCCUAUAACAGAUACCACCCCAUGGGGGAGAUCUAUCAGUGGAUGAGUGAGAUAAGGGAGAAGUACACGGAAGUGGUGACAUAGCAUUUCCUAGGAAUGACCUAUGAGAGCCGGCCCAUGUAUUAUUUGAAGAUCCGCCAACCAUCCAAUAACCCCAAGAAGAUUAUCUGGAUGGACUGUGGAAUUCAUUCCAGGGAAUGGAGUGCCCCUGCUUUUUGCCAGUGGUCUGUGAAAGAAUGUAUUCUACAGAACUAUAAAGACAACUCAAGGAUAAGAAGUCUCCUUAAAAACCUGGACUUCUAUGUGCUUCCGGUUCUUAACAUAGAUGGUUACAUCUAUACUUGGACAACGGAUCGGCUUUGGAGGAAAUCCCGUUCAUCCCAUAAUAAUGGCAUGUGUUUUGGGACAGAUCUCAAUAGAAAUUUCAAUGCAUCCUGGUGUAGUAUCGGUGCAUCUCACAACUGCCAAGAUUUAACAUUCUGUGGGACAGGACCCAUGUCUGAACCAGAGACUAAAGUUGUUUCCAGCUUUAUCGAGAGCAGGAAGGAGAACAUUGCCUGCUUCCUGACCAUGCGCUCUUACGGGCAGCUCAUCCUCAUGCCUUAUGGCUACACCAAAAAUAAAUCAAGUAACCAUGAAGAACUGAUCCAAGUUGGACAGAAGGCAGCAAAUGCAUUGAAAGCAAAGCAUGGAACCAAUUAUAGAGUUGGAUCUAGUGCAGAUAUUUUAUAUAAGUCUUCAGGGUUUUCAUGAGACUGGGCUUGGGACAUUGGGAUCCCCUUCUCAUAUGCAUUUGAGCUGAGGGACAUGGGUACAUAUGAGUUUGUCCUGCCAGAAACUCAGAUUCAGGCCACCUGCGAGGAAACCGUGGAGGCUGUGCUUUCAGUCCUGGAUAAUGUGUAUGAGAAAUACUGGUAUUCAAACAGUGCUGGAAAGGUGACAUCUACUGCUGUGGUGCUGAGCUUGCUGAUGUCCUUCAUGUUUCUUCUGUAGGUGCAUCCUACCUAGGC